AUGGUUAGGACCAGAGGAUUAGGUCGUGCCUUAGGUCAGGUCACUCGCAGAGGUGUGGGCAGAGGAGAUCAUGAUGAUUCCGGUGAUGCUCCACAGCGUCGACGACCUACUGCAUCCGCACGGAGGCAGCGAGUCGUUGUGACUGCGGAUCACGUCGAUGAGUCAGUCAUUCCUGACCCAGACGUUCAGGAUGACCCGAUGGAGGCACCAGCUACUGUGGAGGACAUUCCUGCGGGCGCAGGCGCAGAGGCGGCUGAGGAUCAGCCUCAGCGUAUGCGGAUCACGUUGCUUGCAGCGUAUAGACGGGAGAGGUAUUUAUACUAUUUAUUUUUAGAGCGUCCUGAAUUGAGGUUAUCCUCGCAUGGGAGGAAGGUCCAUAGUUUAGGCAGGCCUAUCCCUGCCAUUGAGGGACUUAUCGCUGGUACAGGACUAAGUCCUCUGAUCGCGUGUUCGGUAGACACCGGCGAUCGGGGACUUUUGUCCGCGUUUGUGGAGCGGUGGCACCGGGAGACGUCUAGUUUCCAUCUCCCGGUGGGUGAGCUCACCAUCACAUUGGACGACGUCUCCUCUCUUCUCCAUCUUCCCGUUAUAGGCAAUUUUCACGCAUUUGAGCCCUUGCACGUGGAUGAUGCAGUUCAGAUGCUGGUGGACUUGUUGAUGGUGUCUCCAGAGUCUGCUAGGGCUAAGAUAGUCCAGUGUCGCGGACCGUACGUACGCCUGCAAUGGGUACGUGAAGUAUAUCAGCGCCGAUGCCAGACAGUUCAUUGGACAGCUGCGGCUCGUGCAUAUCUUCUUCACCUGUUGGGUUGCACUCUGUUUGCUAACAAGAGUGCAACCAAUGCCCAUGUUGUCUACUUGGAGGCCCUUCGUGACCUCAGUAUGACAGAGAGGUACGCUUGGGGAGUGGCUGCUUUGGUUCAUAUGUACGACCAGCUGAACGAUGCAUCCAUGAGCCACAGUCGACAGCUUGGCGGUUACAUCACACUGCUGCAGUGCUGGAUUUACGAGCACUUUCCCUCAGUUGCGGAGUCCACCGCUGAUCAGGACUACGACGAGGCUUCUCCGCGUGCAUGCAGGUGGAUUGUGACAAAGAAGACCGUGAAGAGCAUUCGCACGCCGUCGUAUAGGGAGCGCCUGGACUGA